AUGACGAUAGAUGAUCCACCUUGUUUGUCAGUUGCAUUGUUCGGACUGCUUGGUGAAAUUGAUUAUAGAAGAGGAACAAGCUCUGUUUUUGCAUAUGAUCGGUUUCUAAUCAACAAAUUGCAAAUAAAUUUUGCAAUUUUGGAACGAUUGUCAGUACCAAGUGCCUUCCGAUUAUGUUGCAUAGCAGAUGCUUGUAUUAUUGCAAUUAAUAGUCAUAAUAAUAAUUUUGAAAUGUUUCAGAAUAUUCUGUUAAUUAUCAACAAUUCUACAUCGAUCAGAAAUGUCCUUGUGCUAGUUCAUCCAACAAUUCAAAUAUAUGAUUUUGAGAAUGAAUUCGAUAAACUAAUCAAAAGAAAUUUGAUUUUCAAAGUAGUUUCAUUCGCUGGCUAUUCAAGCGACGACAAUUUAUCCAGAUAUUUGAAAAGAGUGGAGACUUCUAAUGAAUCAAAUGAACUAUUGGAAUGGCUACGAAGUUUAGGUCCAAACUUGAAUUAUGAAAAUUUGAAAAAUCAGCCACCUUUAUGUUCUUCAAUUAACUCAUUUAAGAAUUAUUAUGGCACAAACGUAUUGGUGAAAAUCGAGAGUGGAUAUUUAACACAUUUGGGAACUGUUGACAUUAAUUCUGAAAAUCCAACUAGUUUAAAAAUUGAAAGAAAUCCAUCUUAUGGAUAUUCUUCAUUCAAUGAUGCAAUAGACUGGGAAAGAGCAUAUGCUGGUCAAUUAGUUCCUAUUAAUUUACAAUCACUGAAGUAUAAAACUCGAAGUUCGAACGAAAUGAGGUUGUUGAGAGGAGCGUUGUUAGGAAAUUGGUUUGAUAAAUCCAAAGGAUCUUAAGUAGUGGUGGACUCCUUUUGGGUCGAGCUCACAAUUCACAACCCUCUUUCAGCCGUUGAUUUUUCUAAGGAAAGAGAAUUUAAAAUUUAUUGUGGACAGAGAGCAUUAAUAUGUCGAGUACUCCAAACUAAUCCAUCCAAGUCAAACCAUGAAUCACUUCUAAUUGAAUUCAAGCCAUUCAAUGAUGUGCUUUUAAACAAACCCAGUUUGAAAGAAACAAGUUUCCAAUCAACGCGACAACCAACCUUUGUAACAAACUUUGAAAAAUGUCAAAGUAGUGGGCUAUGCAUGAUCAAGUUCAGGAAUAUGGUUGUUGCAUUAGGAAAGAUAAGAAAAGUGAGGUAUCUAUCAGAUACAAACACUAUCUGGAUUGAAAACUCACUACCAUUCUUUUCCAAAUAUUCAGACCUGAUUCGAAAUAGUUCAUUUUCUGAUAUUUCCAUAAUAUUAAAUAUUUGAAGUAAUCUACUAGAUUUGG